UUUAAGAGGAAUUGGAAAUUUUAAGUAUUUUGUUCUAAUUUUUGAAAUGAUAGCUGUCAAAGUUUUGUAAGGUGAGUGUGUUUUUUGUUUUUCCUGGGUAAUUAGUGUUUAUUAAAUAUUGACUUAAAAACUUACUAUUGCAUUUUUUUAUCUACAAUGUCCACAUAAUCAAUUUUAAUUUUGUGUAGUCUUGGAGAUGAACUAUUUGACAAAUUAUUUUUAACUAAUUGAAUGAGCACUUCAGGGAUAUUUCGUACUACUUUUUCAUAAUUUUUCUUUAAACAAUCGAUGCCAUACUUGCAAUUAAAUMCCUCCAGAUUAAAGACAUUACSGUUGUCYUCCAAUAAWUGAUUUUCCCCAGUCAAGUUUCUGCACGACCUGCCGCUGAAAGCAGCUCUCUGGCGCCUCCUAACGUUCAAACACCAGUAACACGCUUGUUUUGUGCAAACUCGUCAUCCCUGCUCAUAACUUUGGAAGUUCAUCUGUUGAAGGAGGACCAACAUGAGMGUUUAUGAUGCUGUGUACUAACCGCGCCCAUUCGACUACAGGUCAGGGUCAACCGGCCGUCAGGUCAUUCCACACUGUGCGGUCCUAGCUCGAGUUAGCUAACUGCAAAGGUUGAAGAGGUAAACACGGGCGAUGGGAGGAWUUCUUCGGGGUUUGAAGAUGGACAAGUGGUCAGGGGCACUGCUGACGACSGCUGCCUGCGGUUUGGGAGUUCUGCUGGUUCUGGUUCGGACGGUCAGCGGUCGUCAAGCGGCGAAGGCGAAGAUCCAGAGAGCCAGGAGCCGGAGGACGGAGAGCCUGCAGCGAGCGGAGCAGGCGGUGCUCCGCUACAGGCAGACGCAUCCUUCGACGGACUCCUCUCUCAUCUUGUCCCUGUCACUGUCUGAAUUGACGAAGCAGCUGCAGGACGGUUCUGUGAGCCCUGAGGAUGUGUUUUACACCUACAUGGAAAAGGGUCAAGACUGUACUUGUGGUGUGAUCAUUAAAUUGGACCAGCCUGCUCAAAAAAACAGCGUCAUUGUUGAAGUUCUGAAGAAGCAAGGGGCUAUUCCGUUCGUGAAGACCAACCUGCCUCAGGCACUGUUGAAUUAUGACUGCAGUAACCCCAUCUAUGGGCAGACCCUUAAUCCUCAUAAUCCCCAGAAGACCUCUGGCGGUUCAUCUGGUGGAGAGGGGGCUCUCAUCGGAGGAGGGGGCUCCAUUCUCGGCAUAGGCACUGACAUAGGGGGGAGUAUCCGGAUUCCCGCCUCGUUCUGUGGGAUUUGCGGCUUUAAGCCAACUUCGGGUCGACUCAGCCACCAGGGGUUAGUUCCAAUUUAUCGAGGACAAAAGUCUGUGCUGUCUUCUCCUGGGCCCAUGGCGAGGGACGUGGACAGUCUUGCUCUGUGUAUGCAGGCGCUUCUCUGCGAUCAUAUGUUUACCUUGGAUCCCACUGUGCCACCAUUACCUUUUAAUGUCCAGAAAGGGGGGACCUGUGGACCCUUGUCUCGAGAGUCAGAUUAAUAUGUAUGUUCUGCCCAAAUGGUUGAAGAGAAUCCUCGGGUUCAUCCUCAAGCCCUUUUUUCCUCGUUUAUCUGCUGUCCUCCUUGCUCUGUGUGGACUUAGAUCUGUUCCAGAUCUGUGGAAGCAGCAUGCUGCUGUUGAGGACUACAUUACUGAAACAAUAAUGUACUGGAGGGAAUGCAACAUAGAUGUGCUGCUGUGCCCUGUGAUUGGACCAGCCUACAACUUCUUAUACUGUGGCAAACUUUCAACUCUUACCAGUUACACAAUCCUUUACAAUCUCCUCAAUUUUCCUUGCGGCGCUGUUCCCGUCUCCACGGUGACGGAAGAUGAUGAGGAGGAGCUUAAGCACUACAGAGGCCUUCAUCAAGACACCUGGGACAGGUUCUUCAAACAGGCUGUGACCGGAGCUGUGGGUCUGCCCGUGGCGGUGCAGUGUGUGGCCCUGCCGUGGCAGGAUGAGGUGUGUCUGCGCUUCAUGAAGGAGGUGGAACAUGUCGUCAGACAGAACAGAAAGUAGAGCAGAUGUUGACCCACAGAACCCUCAGUUAGCUGAAGGUAAACUGGAAACAAAACCUCUUUCUAAAGAAAGUGCUCUUUUUCAAAAUAAUGUUAGAACAAAUUAAUUGGUGUUAACCACUGUCAAACCGAGCAGGAAUGUUACACUUAAUGAAGCUUUUGAACAAUGUUUAAUAUUUCAAAGAAAAUGUAAUAUUUUGCUGUUUCUACAGAUAUUUUUUUUCCUUUUUGGCUUUUCACUUUUAUAAAUUUGGAAUAAUUGUUGCUAAAAUGAGGGGGGAAAUAUUUGUUUCUGUUUAGAUUUCAACAAAUUUUUAGUAUUUGUUUCUGAGCUCAUCAUUUCAAAAUAAAAGCUUGUCAUCUAAAAUGAUCAUCAUAAUUUGUUUUAGUUU